GCGGUCGAGGCGCUCAAUGGUCUCAGCGGUCCCGGGGUGCAGGGCGGCUCGCUGCCGCGGGCUGGCCGACGCUCGCGCAGCAGAAGUGCCUGACGCGGGUCGCGGACUCCGUCUCCCAGCUGGGUCCCCCGCCAGGCGACCUACAGCCUUUGGCAGCCCUGCAGGGGCUCCAGGCUGCUCUGUCCUACGACGGCUCGCUGUCGACCAGGGCGGAGGCGAUGGACGUCUCCCGGCUCUCGCUACCUCCUCCAGGUAACCACUCCGUGGCGCUGGAGCGGCUGCUGGGGGCCGAGGUUUUCGACUCCGUCUAUCGUGUUAUCGCGUGCAAGGUCAUGCCAAAGACCGAAGUUUUGCAGCAGGAGCAGAGCGCUCGCUUCAAGAAGCCCUACUCGGACCCCUGCCUUCGAGACCCUCGCCGCUACGCAGCGCUGGCGAGGCGUCUCCACGAGGCCGGGGUGGUCGACCUCGUCAGCGACGCCGCCCUGGUGGUCGACGAGGUUGACCUAUUCAGCGUGGCCAAGAAGAGUGGGAAGCAGCGGCUGGUCGAGGACGCCCGCCCCGCCAACCUCUGGUUCGGCGACCCCGAGGUCGCCCGCCUGGCCACCGGCGCGGCGCUGGCGGCGAUCGAGCUGCCGGACGGCGCCAACUUGUGGACCGCGUCGGCGGACAUCGCGGACGCCUUCUACACCAUGCACUUGCCGGACGCUUGGAGGUCGUACUUCGCGCUCCCUCCGCUGGACUCCUGGAGGCUCGGGCGGGGGGCCGCCCCCGGGCAGCCGCGCGCGCAGCGGCUCUGGCCGCGGCUCGCGGCGCUGCCCAUGGGCUGGCCCCACGCGCUGGCCGUCCGCCAGCGGGUGUCGGAGGCGGCCGCCGACCGCGCAGGGCUGCCAGUGCUGUCCAGGAUCGCGGACCGGAGGACCGGCCCUAGCCUGGGCGCCGGCGCGCACCUCGUGCACGUCGACAACUUCGCCUCCCUCGCCCUCGACGGUGACACCGCCGACCGCCUGAAGGAUGACAUAGUCGCCGAGCUGCGCAGCGAGGGCCUCCCGGUGCAUGAGGAGGAGGCCGCCUCGCUCCACGCGCAGGUGCUGGGCUGGGCCAUCGAUGGCGCGCGGGGAGCAGUCGCGCCUUCUCCUCGGAGAGCCCGGAGGAUCAUCCUGGCCACGCGCGCGCUCCUCGCCGCGCCGAGGGUCUCGGCCCAGCAGGUGCGCCAGGUCGCGGGCCACUGCGCCUUCCUUUUCAUGGUGAGGCGCCCGCUGCUGGCAGUUUUCUCGGCCGUGUACCGCUUCGUCGCAAAGGCCGGCGAGGCGCCUAGGCCUUGGUGGCCCAGCGUGCGCCGAGAGCUGACGUGGGCCACGGGGGUUGUCCCGCUGGCCCGCGCCGACCUCCGGGCCCGCUGGCUGGGCCGAGUUCUGCGCACGGAUGCCUCCGAGUGGGGCCGAGGGGUAUGCGAGCGUGAAAUGAGCAACGACGUGGUGGAGAGGAUGGGUAGGAUCCAGGAGCGCUGGCGCUUCCGAGACCCCAGUGCGAGGGCGCCCCGGGAGCAGCUCAUCGAGCCCCUCGAGCCUCCGGGGACCCUCGUCUACUCCGAGCCGUCCUCGAAAGGUCACGUAUGCAGCGCCCCGUCGCACAUCCAGGAGCCCGUCGCCCCCCUGGACAAAGGCAGCCCCCACACGGAGCCCCAGGAGACCGACUUCGAGCCUCUGGAGUGGGCCGCCCUCGUGGUGGCAGGAGGCGCCACCGCGGCGCUGCGGUGGAUCCCGUCGGAGGCGAACCCGGCGGACCUGCCCUCCCGCCGGGCGCUGAGGGCGGACAGGCAGGUGCUGACGCCAGCGCCACUCGCGGCGACGGUCCCGCGCCAGGCAGCAGCGGGGCGCCCCAGCCAGGCGACGGCCUCGCAGCGAGGCCAGCGCCGGGCGAGACGCAGCCACUUGUCAAAGGCUGCGGAGGCGGCCGCCAAGCGCGCGGGGAGGGCCGCGGCGCGAGCGCCCGAGGCAGCCCCCCUUCGAUCCUUGGCGGGCAAUGUCCUGAGAGCCCUCUCGAUCUCGGCGACCACGAGGGCCAAGUACACGCGCCUCUGGGCCGAGUUCGCGGCCUGGAUGACGACACUGACCGUGGCCCUCCGCACCGAGACAGUGGGCGACCUGCUGGCGCACUUGAUGGACCAGCAGUGCGCCGAGGGCUGGAACCCCGAGCGCGGGGCCUACAUGCUGGCGGCGCUGAAGUUCAUGAUGCCGCAGUUCGGGCGCGGGGGCCAGGGGCUGCCGAAGGCACUGCAGGCCUUGCGAGGCUGGCGGAUGCGAGUGCCAGCUCGCACCAGGCUCCCGCUGCCCUGGGAGAUCGUGGCGCUCAUCGCGACUCGCCUGAUCGAUCGGGGCCAGCUGCGGGUCGCCCUCUACGUGCUGGUGACCUUCGCGGGCCACCUGCGGCCGUCGGAGGCGUUGCGGGCCCUGGGGGCCCACCUGAUCCCCCCGACGCCGGGGGGCGCGUGCGACGGCUGGUCACUGGUGCUCCAUCCUCGCGAGCUGGCAGUGCCCAGCAAGACUCAGGUCUACGACGAGGUGAUCCCCUUCGACUUGCCUUUCUACAGCUUCCUACCCAGCGCUCUCCGCUGGCUCAAGGCGGCGACCCACCCGAGCGAGCCGCUGUUCCCGCUCCCCCUCGUGCGCGUCAGCUCCCUGUUCAAGGAGGCGGCGGAGGACAUGGAGCUGGCGUCGCUCAUCCCGCAGCUGUUCCAGCUCCGGCACUCGGGCCCGUCGGUGGAGCUGGCACUGCAGUUGCGGACCUUGGCCAGCGUCAAGCUCCGCGGCCGCUGGCGGACCGACGCGUCGGUCGCGCGCUACCUCAAGCCAGGCCGCGUCAACGAGCAGCUGCAGAGGCUGGCGCCCGAGGUGCAGCGCGCGGCCCUGCUGGCCCCAGCACGGCGCUUCCUGGCGCCGCCGAUCUUCGUGGAGGUCUUCUCCGGCGAAGGCGUGCUUGCAGCAGCCUUGCGGAGCGAGGGCGCCCUGGCCAUCGAAUGUGACAUCGCCUGGGGCGCCGACUGGGACCUCACCGACCCGAGG